AUGUCUCAGUCCGACAGUCUCGGUUUGCCUCAGGUCGCCGCCUGUCUCCUGGUAGGAUACUUUGUUUUCAGAUGGUUCUUCAAAUCUUCGGAUCCUAGCAGCGUUUCGCCAGCUCGAUCGCCAGUCGUCGACCAGCGAAGAUUACAAGAGCAGUCCCUUCUCUUGACGGGAAUGUUCCCCCAAGUGUCUAUAGCCGCCGCACAAGCCGAGCUCAUACGGAAUGGUGGGAACAUUGAGAUCGCGACGGAGAAGAUUCUAGCAGCUGGAGGACUUCCCGAGGUAAUUGGAUUCUUUUGGAGGAUGCUUUGUUGGGUAGAAGCUAACUUUGGUGCUUUUGUCAGCCUCCAGCACCGGCCCCUACUCCUUUAGAUUCCUCCGCCACCAGGCCUGCGCCUGCGGCUACUACACAUCGUGCAGCUGCCCACAACGCCUUGGGAGCUUCGUCUUCUCGGGUUGGGGGUUACCAAGAUUUAAUGACCAGGUACAACCUCCAUGGCCGCCUUCACGAAGGGGAUGCCUCUUCUUCAUCCACCCUGUCAGGGAAGGGUAAAUCUCCCCAAACCAGAUCAGACAGACAACUGGCACAUCAGAAGAAGCGGGAUGAAAUGAUCUUAGCAGCUCGCCGUAGGAUGGAGGAGAUGGAUCGAAAGCAAGCUGCUACGAAGGGGCAA